UUUGGGGUGCCCUGACCCCCCUUUCUCCUCCAGGGACUACGCCGCCAUCGUGUUCUUCGCCAACAGCCGCUUCGAGACGGGCAAGAGGCGCCUGCAGUUCCUGAGCUUCGGGGACUUCGCCGCCUGCGCACAGAGCAUGAUGGCCCACUGGAGCCAGGGGGCUUUGGCCCCUGAAGCAGCCGAUCCCGACGGGGACCUGCCCAAGUCGUUCCUGCAGGACCUGAAGGAGCUGAAGGUGCUGGUGAGCGACAAGGACCUGCUGGACCAGCACAAGAGCCUGGUGUGCUCGGCCCUGCGGGGGAAGAUCUCGGUCUACAACGAGCUCGAGGCCAAUUUCAAGGUGAAUCCCCCCCAAAACGGGGGGUCCUCGGUGGGGGGAGGGGUUCUCAAAGCCCACGGGGGCUGCUGGAAGGGGGAGGG